CCCUGCACCACUGCGCCGGCCCCAGCUCUGUAACUGCUGAUCGGUUAUUUUUCUCUUCUGCAGGAUGGCGAUUGCCAUCUUUAUCCUGAGGCUGGUUGUCUGCGCUCUGGCAUCUCCCAUGUAUGUGCUACACUUCCUGGGCGUGUGGAACUGGUUCUGCAAAAGAUGGUUCCCCUACUUCAUGGUGAAGUUUUCUGUGAUAUACAAUGAACAGAUGGCAAGCAAGAAGCGGGAGCUCUUCAGUACCCUGCAGGAGUUUGCAGGCCCCUCUGGGAAGCUGUCCCUGCUGGAGGUGGGCUGUGGCACCGGGACCAACUUCAAGUUCUACCCACCGGGAUGCAGGGUGACCUGUGUUGACCCCAACCCCAACUUUGAGAAGUUCUUGAUCAAAAGCGUUGCCGAGAACCGGCAUCUGCAGUUCGAGCAGUUUGUGGUGGCCCCUGGGGAAAACAUGCAUCAGGUGGCCGAUGGCUCUGUGGAUGUGGUGGUCUGUACCCUGGUGCUGUGCUCCGUGAAGAACCAGGAGCAGAUCCUCCGCGAGGUGUGCAGGGUGCUGAGGCCGGGAGGGGCAUUUUACUUCUUGGAGCACGUAUCAGCCGAGCGUUCCACCUGGAAUUAUUUCUGGCAGCAGGUUGUGGCUCCUUCUUGGUUCCUACUGUUCGACGGCUGUGAUAUUACCAGAGAGAGCUGGAAGGCCCUGGAGAGGGCCAGCUUCUCGAGGCUGAAGCUGCAGCACAUUCAGGCCACACUGUCCUGUGUGUUUGUGCAACCUCACGUCUAUGGGUAUGCUGUGAAAUAGGAUGGGCUGGCAGUAGAAAGCUAAAUGACUUGAAUGAUUUAAGGCUUUGAUUUUACAUUUAAAAUACUAAUGGGAAGAAGGGAUAACCUUGUUUCUAGGUAAAGUUGAUUCAUUUCCAUUUUAAUCAUUUUCUGUUGUCUGUCCACAAAUCAAAAGCAAAAUAAAACAAACAGCUUUGAACUCAUCCUUCAAAGGAAACAGUGGGCAUUCACAAUUGAAUUCCACCAUUACCCCCAAGCCUUACUUUAUUCAGUGACUUGAAGAUUUUUCAAAUUGUCUUAUUUGGGUCCGGCCCUUUGGGGCAGUGGGUUAACGCCCUGGCCUGAAGCGCUGGAAUCCUAUAUGGUCAAGUCCUUGAAUGGGUUUACUGGGACCAGGAGAAUCUUAUAUAAUUAUGUAGACUCGCAUAAGUGCAACCGUGGGCCCCAAAUCAAAUAAUCAGUGAGUCCACAAAGAAGUGGACAAGGGUUGUUUUUUAGACAAUUCUGAUCAAAUUCCACUCCUGUCCCAAGAAUGUCUUGGUUCUUUGCAACUAAGGAGACCAUGUACAUCACCACAAGUGCUUUGCAAACAACUGUUAACUUGGUCAGAUGAUUUCAUAAUAGGAUUUGCUGCAAUAGUUUGUAUGUCUUUUAAUAAAUGUAAUAUAUUUUCUGAGACGAUUUUACACUAUUUUAAAUAUCAAAGCAAUCAAUAAAUUCACAUUCAUUUUAGAAAUGGAAAUAAAAUAAAUGGCUUAUACCUUU